AUGAAAAAUUAAGUAACUAAGAGUGUCUCUCAAUCAGCAAUUCCAAAUCCAGAAAAAUCUUAAACUCAUAAAAGCCCUCAGAAACAUGGGAUUCCAAGAAACGUUAAUUAUUAUAGCCAUUUUUUAGCAGAGUCUUAUAUAACAGAAAAAGAUAUAGAGUUUGUGCUUCAGUUAAGGAACAUGGAUAAUGUAAUUACUUUUUUGACAUUAGGCAGAAAUGAAAUCAAAAUUAGCUAGAAUUCCUAAUCAAACAUUUUCAAGAGGAGAUUAAAAAAUAGAAUCCUAAAAACAAAAACAUAUUCCUAGAGAUGUCCAAUAUACAGGUAAUUCAACACCAAUUUUGCAUCUUAUUAAAAGCAGAAUAGGUCCAACUCCUCAUAUAAGUUAGGCUGAAUUUGAAACUGGUCUUCGUUCUUAUGCUAAAACUGAUAAAAGUCUUAUUGAAAAAGAACGAAACUGGACAAGUGUUCCUAAAACUUAAAGAAAAGAUGAUUUUCCAGAAUUUUUACCUAAUCACAAAGAAGUUAUUUAAAAAAGAAAAUCACUCAGUAUUAGUGGUAAUAAAUUAGCUAAACUAACAUAUAGUGGUAAUUUUAAUACUAUAAAUUAAUUAGCUUUUGAUCCAGAUUCACAAUACCCUUCCUAUUCAAUGAAAUUUAAUGAGUAAAAUAUUUAGCAUGUAAGACAUAUGUUUGUGCCAGGAAUUAAAAUGUCAACUGUAUAAUGGCAAGAUCGUUUAAGACCAUUAAAACGUAUAAAAAAAGAAAGAUAGGAAAAAAAGAAGAAAUGA